AUGGUUCCUUCCGCGCUUCAGAGUCUGCUGGCUCGACCUGCAUCGCGCAGCCAAGUCCGUGACUUUGAUGAUGCAUCGGCGGAGGCUUUUAAGGCCGUCCAGCGCCAGGCGGCAUCGGCAUCGAAACCAUCGCAUCCACCUAGAGUAGGCGCUUCGUACGAAGACGAUGGCCUUAUUUGGAACUGCCCUCUCGCUCCUCAUCCCACCGGCGAGGUGUCAAUGGCCCUCGCGGACGGUAACGUCGUGUGCGAGGACUUCAGCCGGGUGGACGUGGGCGCGUUCGGCACGCUCGUCGGCGUGUUUGACGGCCAUGGCGGCCCGCACGCGGCGCGAUUCGCGGCGGACAGCCUCCUCGGCCACGUGCAUCGCGCGCUUGGAACAGGGCCCUUCCAAGAGGCUGAGGACCGUAGCUGUGAGGCUAGCGGGGGAGGCAGAAGCCUGCAUGAUGGGAACGGAAGCACGCACGGUGGUGGCGGUAUGUGUGGUCGAGAAGGAGGAGAAGGGAACCUUCGAAGGCCGGGUGAUGAUGCAUCAGUGCUUGCGGGAGAUGCCCCUGGGGGAGUUUCCGAAGGGGGACACGGCGCAGCAGCAGUGCAAAGAGAGGCAGCGGGGGAGGAAGCGCCAGCAGCAGCACCAGCAGUGGCUCACGCACCAGGGCUAGCAGCAGAAGUAGAAGUAGCAGGAGCAGCAGGAGCAGCAGGAGCAGCAGGAGCAGCAGGAGCAGCAGGAGCAGGAGGAGGGGAGACAGCACCGUGUGGAGGUGCCUCCCCCAGGCCGAACCCCAUUCCAUCCGCCGGCGAGCGCAUCACGACGGACGAGCAGCGCGCGUGCAACGCAGUCCUAUCCGCGUUCGAGUCGACCGAAUCGGAUCUCCUCGCGAUGGUGCGCGCCGCAUGGCAGCACCGCCCCGAGCUCGCCAACACGGGCUCCUGCGCGCUCGUCGCCUUCUUCCCCGCGCACGGCGCCUCCCUCGUCGUCGCGUCCCUUGGCGACUCACGCGCCGUGCUGGGGAGGAGACGGCCGCUCGUAGGAGGGCUUCUGGAGAGUGCGCAGAGUGCUUUCGGUGGGAUGGGGAUGGGGAUGGGGCUGGGCUGGGGUGCGGAUGCUGGUGGGAGUGGCAGUGGGAGUGGGAGUGGUGGCAAGGGGAAGGGGUGGCGAAGCAAGGGGAGGUUUCUCAGCUGGGGUGGUGGUGCGCAUUCGCAAAGGAGCAGCUCUGGUAGCAGCAGCGGUGGUGGCGGCGGUGGCGGUGGUGGUAGAAGUCGUUUGGUGAGGAUUGAUAGUGGAGCCAGUGACAGCAGUCGUGCCAGCAGCGGCAGCUGGAGCAGCAGCAGUAGAAACGAGAGCAUGAACAGUGACCUGGGUGGUGCUGCUGGUGUUGAUGGUGGUGGUGGUGGUGGUGGGACCAUGGGGUUUCUGAGCAGGUGGAUAGGCGGGGUAACAGCCGUUUCUCUAUCCGAGGAGCACAACGCAAGCCAGGAGAGGGAGAGGCAGCGUCUCCAGCAGUCACACCCCGGCGACCCCACAGUCAUAAUGCACCGCAACGGAGCGUGGCGCGUGAAAGGAAUCAUCCAGGUCACUCGCUCUCUAGGCGACUUCUAUUUAAAACACAAGGAGUUUCAGCAGCCGCCGCUGCCCAGGAGGUUCCGCCUGGACCAUCUGGGGUCCCCGUCGGUCGCCCUGCGGCGGCCGUUGCUGAGGAGUGACCCGAGCGUGGUGCAUGUGCGGGUGGGCGAGGAGGACCGGUUUGUCAUCCUGGCGACAGAUGGCCUGUGGGAGCAUUUGAGCCGCGCCGAGGCUGUCAAGAUGGUCGACUCGCGCCCAAGACAGGGCAUAGCGCACUACCUUGCGCGCACGGCGGUGUCCAGAGCAGCGCGCAAGGCGGGUGUGACAGGAGGAGCACCGGUUGUUGAGGUGAUGGCACGUGGCUCAACAGCUGUGCUCUCCAUCCGUGGUUGCUGGCAGUGA